AUGCCGACCCGCACCAACGCUGCGAGGGACACGAAUCCGAGCGGGACUGGUGCUCCACCACGCGCUCCGUCCAACAGCUAUCGUGACUCGACGCUAAACAUCUUCGCUCUGCUGCUUGCCUUCCGCAUCGUCAACGCACUAACCCUGCGCUCCUUUUUCCAGCCCGACGAGUUCUUCCAGUCCCUCGAACCUGCAUGGCAGCUUGCGUUUGGCCCCGCCAGCAAUGCCUGGAUCACCUGGGAAUGGAGAUCCCAAUUGCGGUCGUCCCUGCAUCCAGCGCUAUUCGCUGCCGUCUAUCGAGUCGCGGCACAUGUUGCUGACCUCUGUGGCUUGACCUUGCCUGCUAAAGCCGAACUACUCCUAGCUGCUCCGAAAGUUACCCAAGCCGUCUCUGCAGCCUUGCUUGAUUGCUACACAUGGAAACUUGCAGAAAAAGUCUACGGUCGUGGCAGUCGCACUGCCCUUACUACUCUUGCAUUGUCUGUCUGCAGCCCGUGGCAGUGGUUCUGCGCGACCCGAACACUAUCCAACUGUCUUGAGACUACCAUCACUUCUGUCGCUAUUUACUAUUGGCCUUGGCAGGGUGCAGCAACAGCUAGCAAGGGUCAGACGCAUAUUGCACACCACGACCUCGGCUCCCUCUCAGAGUUGCGCCUGUCACUGCUGUUGGCAGCGCUUGCGUGUAUUCUCCGGCCCACCAAUGCACUCAUAUGGUUGUCCGUAUCCGUCCCAGCUCUAUGGCAAGCCUCACAUCGGCUGCGCUAUGUGUUGGUCCGUGAGAUCCUGAUUUGCGGUGCAAGGCUCCAUUACCGGGCUCUGCGUUCUCUGCAAACUACCCUCCGCCGUCCUGGUAUUGUCAGUCGCGACCGAUCGGCUCUAUUACAGGGUCUGGACUCUUCCGCCGCUUAG